CAGUAAGUAUGUCUAUGUAAGAAGGCAUGCUAUGGAGAAAAAAACUAGUUCUCAAGAGUCACGAAAAUUGAGCCAAAUCUUUUUCCCCAAGCAACUCAACAAAGUGUACCCUAUUAGACUACAGAGAAGCUCUUCAACUUCUUCCAUAUCCUCCUUAUCAUCAUCAUUGUCACAAAACUCAGAUGACUCUUCUUCCCUAACGGAUUCUUUGAAUCUAGCAGAUGACAAUUUUCAAUUUGCAUUGAAUUUGAUUUCACCUCGUGAUCCAAGAAGAGAACCAGCAGUUACUAAUACUCCUCACCAACAACAAACUUCACAUGCUGCUGAACCUGCUGAAUUCAGAAGAUGCAAUUGGAUCACAAAAAACUGUGAUAAGGCUUACAUAGAAUUUCACGAUGAGUGUUGGGGGGUCCCAGCCUAUGAUGACAAAAAAUUGUUCGAACUUCUUACAUUGUCAGGAUUGCUGAUAGAUUACAACUGGACAGAAAUUCUAAAAAGAAAGAAAAUUCUUAGACAAGUUUUUGCUGGAUUUGAUCCUAUUACUGUGGCUAAAAUGGAGGAGAAAGAAAUCAUGGCAAUAGCAUCAAACAAAGAAAUUCUGUUACCCGAUUGCAGAGUAAGGUGCAUAGUAGACAAUGCAAAAUGCAUAAUGACGAUUGUGAGGGAAUGUGGAUCAUUCAGCUGCUAUAUAUGGGGUUAUGUAAACCACAAACCAGUGAUUAACAGAUUCAAAUAUCCAAGAGAUGUCCCUUUAAGGACUUCAAAAGCAGAUACGAUCAGUAAGGACUUAAUAAAGCGUGGCUUCCAAUUUUUGGGUCCUGUGAUUGUUUAUUCUUUUAUGCAAGCUGCAGGAUUGACAAUUGACCAUCUUGUGGAUUGUCAUAGGCACAGUGAAUGUGUAAGGCUUGCACAAAGGCCUUGGAGACAUUUGUAACAUAUUCGAGGAGUGUUAACAACACACUUUUUAACAUACUCUUUAUAAAACAUUUUCUAUUAUUGGUUAAGUUUUACUCAAAAAUACAAAUUUACAAGUAAAACUCGUUAUAUAUAAAGUGAGACUUACAAUUUUGUGAUUUUGCAAAAGAAUCCUAUCAAUAAUAAGGAAUGUAUUUAUAAGAGUGUGUUAAACAAUGUGUUUUGGUGUUUCUCUUUGUAAAAUUCAGCAGUUUACUUGCACAAUUUGUACUCUUUCUUUUCUGUAUCAACAGCUAUUCAGUUUUCCAUACAUGCCUCCUCUAGCAAGAAAAAAAAAUGCAAGCUUUGCAAUCCCUUUGUUUUUCCUCUUUGGGUUUUGGGGUCAGUUUUCCUUCUCUUCUUUCCAUAGUGAUGAAGUCAAGCUUUGCCACUGUCAAUAAAUUCAAAACGGUUGCUUGCUUGUCAUUGAAUUUGAGUGAUGAUGAGAGUGAGUGUUGAAGCCUUGGUUGUUGUACAUUACAUGUUUGGUUUGGUAAGUGCAUCAAACCAAUUAGUAAAUGAAAAUGAUCUUGUUUUAA